GCAACUCGUGAUGUUAAUACAACUGCGCAGUUUUGUCUCCUAUAUUAUUUUGCAUAACUAGUAGAACACAACGAAAAUUCUUUGUAAAUUUGGAAUAUGGUACGUUCCAUGAUGUAUUACAUGCAUUUUGUGCAGUUGAUGUUAUUAUUUAUUCUUAAUAGUGUCAAUGGUAACAUGGAAUGUGAUUGUAACAAUAUAUAUGCCGUACAGGAAGUAAUGCAAAAAGAGUUAUUUCAAAUCAAAGUAGAAAACUUUAAAAUGGCGUCACGCCUGCGAAGAUUGGAAGCUUCAAGCAAACAUUCUAAGACGAUGAAUCACCAACUUUCAGAAACAGUUUCUGACAUGACAAAAGACCUAGAUCCUAGUCAUGACAAAACAAGAAAUGAUAUUAAAAGAAUAGAGACCAUCGAAUCAACAUUGGCAAUAAUUGUCCCACAGUUUGAAUCUUAUAUUCAAAACAAGACAAAUGAUAUUAAACACAGACUGCACGAACAACGGAUAGACAAGGUUGAAUCUGAACUCGCUUUAGUUUCUAACAAAACAGAUGAUCUCCUUGACAUGGACGUGAAAAUGCUAUCAACUCUGGAAGACAUUACACUAAAAAACAGGACAGGUAAUCUUCAUUUGAUUCAUCUGGCUGUAAAGAUACUAAUAUAUGCAUAA